AUGCAUAGUCAGAACAAGUGUCUGCAUCCUGGGCUCCUGCAUGUCGCCACGCUGUGGGACUCCCUGGGCCAUAAGAUCGCCCCUCGACCCCCCAUGAUACUAGUAACUUUAAGCAAGUUACUCUUCUACCAUAACCCAAAUUUUAAAUGUGGCUGUCCUCACCUUUUACUAAAAAUGAAGCGAAGAGUUGGGAUUAAAAGUCUUUCCCUUGUACAUCCGUCAUUAGUUCCAGAUUUCCACAAGAAUCGUUUUCAAGCAAGGAGUUAUGCAGACAAUCAGAGUACUGGUUUAGUUCCUAAAAGUAGAGGAGUUUGUUUCUUUUCCCCUCCAACAGAAUUAAACACAACUUUGACAGGGAAGCAUUCUGCUAGCCAGAUACUUGAUAAUACAAGUGCCCCAGUAAGAAAUUUACUUUCUCCUUCAACAUUUACUUCAACUAGACUAACAGAGAGAGUGGUAACAGAUCAACAUGUUACUUUAGAUCACCUUGUCAAAUUUCAAAUGUACUCCCAAAACAAGUACAAGUAUGCUAAGGAUGCAGUUAUAAAUUCUGUUACAAUUACAAAUUCUUUUCAGUACAAAGUAAUUUCCUCUUUAGAGAAACAUUAUUUGGAACCCAUGAACCCUUCUGUUUUCCCAAAACAAAAUCCAGAGUUAUCCGCCAAUGAGAAUCUUUUUUCAAACCAGUUAACAUCAAAGCAAUUUGUGAAUCCCAGCACACCUGAUGGUUGA